AUGAUCAAGUGCACUCUGCUUAUUGUGGAAGCCUUUGCUGCAAAUACCUCAGAGACUCUCGGAGCAGUGGCUUUCUUCUACCAUGGAAACACACAAGCCCUGGAGGAUACAUCCUUCGAAAGGGAGGACUUGCCUUCAAAAGGGUAUUCUUCAUCUUCAGAUGCUGGAGCCUUUAUUUCUCACAGUCAGACUAGCCAUCAGAGUCCUACCUCUGCUUUGCAACAAUCUGUCUUUCAUCAGGCACCUGAACUCCUGAAGCACGUGGCCAAGCAUUUAGACAACAGCGAAUUUCAUACAGUUUUUCCUGAAUCUGAAAGGGCAAAACACCCCGAGAGCUCAGACCCCAUCCUGAGGCAGAAAGUAAUUAGCUUGCCAUCAAAUACAUCUUCUGCUGUUCCAACUGGAAACCCCUCUGCUUCAUUCCCUGCCAUGCAGUCUAGUGUUCCUGAACCCAGCAGUACUACUCUUACUCCUCUGCCUACAAGUACCACCAGACUGGAAUCUCGUACAACAUCUCUGCCUACUGGUAGUGCUCAACCUACUGCUGUCGCCACCACCACUGCAGCUGCUGUUUCACCUACUGCGAACGGAAGAGCUAAACCUGGUAUCCCUGCCGCCACCAUCACUGUUACUCAUCUUCCUCUUUCCAGUCCCACAACUUCUGCUUCUACUUCAGCAACCAAGCGGGUGACCGUGAAUUCCAGAUCUGCUACUACCCCAUCAGGGCUAAGAACUCCAGCCAUCCCUUCUGAGCCAACAGCUGUCUCUUCCAACAAUACCAACCAUGUUACUGUCCUCUCUUUUUCAGGUUUCACUAGUGAUUCCUCCACGGCUUCCCAAAACGACCCUCAGGGUUAUGACCCAUCUGAUUCAGAAAGCUACCUGCCAGAGAGUUUUCUGAGAGGGAAAGGUGUCAUUCAGCUGGGAGAAAAAAGCAGCCUUGUAGCAGCUUUGCUUUUUGGGGUGAUAUUCUUGUUGCUAGUUAUUGCACUGACAGGGAAGAAAAUACACGAAUCUCUUCAAAAGAGGCAUUAUACCAGGCUGGAUUACUUGAUCAAUGGAAUGUAUGCUGAUGUAUGA